UUCUAUAUUUCUUCGUCUCCAAUUAAAACAUUUUGUAUAGUAUAAUUCUCAGUUUCAUUAGUCUUCGAGAGAAAUCCAAUUUUCUCACGGUUUUUUCUCACCAACCAAACACAACAAACAAAAUCAAAGAAACCAAAAAAGAAGAAGCAAAACCGGGAUCCGAAAUGGCGGAUCCGAUUCCGGCACAAGCGCCACCGAGAUCCGCGACGGACUUCUUCUCGGACCCGCUGGACUCUCACCCGCUCUGGUUCAAGCCCUCGCUCUUCCUCUCCCCGAACUUCGACUCCGAGUCCUACAUUUCGGAGCUCCGCACCUUCGUCCCCUUCGACACACUCCGAUCCGAGCUCGAGUCGCACCGCGCCGCGCUCAACCACGAGCUCAUCGACCUCAUCAACCGCGACUACGCCGACUUCGUCAACCUCAGCACCAAGCUCGUCGACGUCGAUGCCUCCGUCGUGCGAAUGCGCGCUCCGCUCCUCGAACUCCGCGAAAAGAUCGAGCAGUACCGUGCCUCCGUCGAUCGCUCGCUUGUUGCUCUCAAGAGCGGGUUGAAGCAGAGAUCUGAAGCCGCGUCGGCGAAAGAGACCUUGCAGAUUUUGCUCGAUACCUUUCACGUUGUAUCGAAGGUCGAAAAACUAAUAAAGGAACUACCAACUGUGCCUGCUGAUUGGUCAAAUGGGGAUGUAAAUGUGGCAGAGCGGAAUUCUAUGAGCAAUGGGAUUUCUGCACAGCAUGUUGAGAAUGGGAUGAAUUUGAGAGAGACUCAGAGUAUGCUUUUGGAGAGAAUUGCCAGUGAGAUGAAUCGGCUGAAGUUCUAUAUUGCUCACGCACAGAACCUGCCUUUCAUUGAAAACAUGGAGAAGAGGAUUCAGAGUGCUAGCCUAUUAUUAGAUGCAAGCUUGGGACAUUGUUUCACAGAUGGGCUUGAGCACCGGGAUGCAAAUGCAAUUUACAAUUGUUUACGUGCUUAUGCUGCUAUUGAUAACACUACAAGUGCAGAAGAAAUUUUUCGUACAACUAUUGUGGCUCCAUUGAUACAGAAAAUUAUUCCGCAUGGGGCGUCAACGGUUGUUGCAGGGUCAUCAAUAGAUGAACUCAAGAAUGAUUAUCAGCAAAUUAAACAAUGUGUUGAGAAAGACUGUAAAUUCUUACUGGAAAUUUCUUCUGCAGAAAACUCUGGUUUGCAUGUGUUUGACUUCUUGGCCAAUUCCAUUUUAAAAGAGGUUCUCUCUGCACUCCAAAAGGGAAAACCAGGUGUUUUUUCUCCAGGAAGACCUCCAGAAUUCUUGAAAAAUUACAAAUCAAGCCUAGAUUUCUUGGCUCAUCUAGAGGGCUACUGUCCAUCCAGAUCUGCUGUUGCUAAAUUUCGAGCAGAAGCUGUAUAUGUUGAGUUCAUGAAGCAAUGGAGUGUUGGGGCUUAUUACUCUUUGAGACUUCAAGAAAUAGCAGGGGAUUUAAAUUCUGCACUUACGACCACCAGUCUUGUCCCUAUUCAGAAUAUAAAUUCUGGUCAAAGAAAUUCUCGUGAAUUGACUUUGAAACAAAGUGUUACUCUCCUGGAGAGCCUGAGAUCCUGCUGGAGAGAAGAUGUUCUUGUCCUCUCUCAUGCUGACAGGUUUCUUAAAUUAUCUUUGCAGCUCCUUUCAAGAUACUCAAAUUGGUUGUCAUCUGGAUUGGCCGCCCGGAAGAGGGGUAAUGCAGUCUCCAGCUCUGGAUGUGAAUGGGCUGUUUCAGCUGUCCCAGAAGAUUUUAUUUAUAUUAUUCAUGAUUUAAAUUGCCUGGACUCGGAGGUUUGUGGUGAUUACCUGGGACAAGUACUUCAAAUUCUUUCUUCAUGCUCUGCUGCUGUUCUAGAUUCGGUAAAACAGAGUAUUUUACAUGGUGGAAAGUCAUUGGAGGAUUUAGUGCCUCUGGUUAUUAACACAAUAAUAGAGGCACUGGUUGAGAAGUCUGUUGAGGACUUGAGACAGCUGAAGGGAAUAACCGCAACUUAUAGGAUGACAAAUAAACCUCUUCCUGUCAGACAUUCACCCUAUGUGUCAGCGGUAUUGCGACCCCUGAAGGUUCUUUUGGAAGGAGAGCGAGCUACAAUAUACUUGACAAGGGAAACUAGGAAUGAACUACUGCUUGGUGCUGCAACUGAGAUUACUGGUCGUUAUUAUGAAUUAGCUGCUGAUCUUGUCAGUGUGGCGAGGAAAACAGAGUCUUCACUUCAGAGAAUACGACAAGGGGCUCAAAGACGAGCUGGAGCAAGCUCAGAUGUGUCGGAUAAUAAUGUGUCUGACACGGGCAAGAUUUGUAUGCAAUUGUUCCUUGAUAUUCAGGAGUAUGGUCGCAACCUUGCUGCCCUAGGGGUUGAAGCAGCCACUAUUCCAGCAUUCUGUUCCUUGUGGCAGUGUGUAGCCCCUCCAGAUAGGCAGAGUGUGAUCAGCUUGUAGAUUUUUGCCACUUUGCGCUGAGUGGCUUGUAGAUGUAAUUUUUUUUUCUUUCUGGUCAUAAUUUCAUUUUAAGUUUUUUUUUUUUUUUUUUUUUUUUUUUUUUUUUUUUUUUUUUUUUUUUUUGGGGAACUUCAUCUAUUGUUUGAUUUGUUGUAAUAAUUGGUUCUUGGACAUUCUUUGCAGUGUUCUUAGAAAUUAGAGAGGCUAAAGAACUUAAAAUGGAGGCGAAAUUUUUGUACUAUCAACUUAUAGACAAAAUUACUACUCUUUAUCAGUU